GAGGCAGAGCGCAGCCGCUCAGUCUCAGUCAGUCAGGCUCAGCGCAGCAACAUCACACCAUGAAUGACGGCGCACCGGACCGGAGCAGGCACACACACACACUCCUCCGUCUCACAUGAGCCGUGUGCUGGCGAAUCCUCCGUUUGAGCUGGCUUUUCAACACGUCACAUUGCUCCAACUUCACGGAUACAUCCGCAGUCCUCAGCCGCCUGAGCGAGACAUGUCUCCGUGAUGUUACAGCCUCCAUCUUCGCUGGGAUAAAACCAUGAAGAGAUGACCGGCUUGUAGAGCUGACAGCAGAGGAACUGACGGUAAAUGAGAGGCCGUCACCAUGCCCCCGGGGAAGUAUGGGAUGCAGGAGGAAUGGGAGAAGGAGGGGGACCUGGGGAUCAUGAUGGACUUCCUGCUGCCGACUGGGAUCUUCCUCAAAUUCCCUGUGUCUCGAAACGACACCAUCAAAGGCAUCAAAAAAAUGGUUUGGAAAAAUGCCAGAAGCGAGGCGCUGUUCAGUGCACUGGGUGAUCCUGACGCGUACGUCUUCACCUGCAUCAACCAGACAGCAGAGAGGGAGGAACUGGAGGAAGAAUCGAGGCGCAUAAGCGACGUGCGGCCCUUCAUGUGUGUUCUGAGGCUGGUGGCCAGGGAGGGCGACCGAGUGGAGAAACUCACCAACACCCAGAUCAGCCAGUUGAUUGGCAAAGGUCUCCAUGAGUUUGAAGCCCAGAAGAACCAUGAGGUGAACGAGUUUCGGACGAAGAUGCGUACUUUCUGCGAAGAGAAGGCUCAGGAGCGGCAGAUGUUUCCAUGGCAGCAGUGGUUGGAAUACAGCUUCCCAUGUGAACUGGAGCCGUGCUGCUCUCUGCCGCAGAGCGGGAGCGUGAAGUCAAAAAACACCAAGAAGAUUUUCAUCAAUGUCAAGUUUGAGGCUUGUGAUGAAAGCUUCAUGCUGCAGCAGGAACCUCAGGACCUCCCACUGGCUCUGGUGAAGAGCGCCCUGAAGAAGAAGGCCACCGUCUUUCGCUCAGUGCGACAGGAGCCUGAGGACUACACUUUACAGGUCAACGGGAGGUGGGAGUUCAUCUAUGGGAAACAUCCCUUGUGCCAGUUCAAAUACAUAUUCUCGUGUCUGAGAAAUGGUCAGAACCCUCACCUCACCAUGGUGCACCACUCCACCAUCAGCAAACAUCAGGAGGAGCAGGGCAGAAUGUGCAGCCAGGCAUACAAGAGUCGCUCCUUGUCCAGACCUCCUCCACUACCCCUGAAGAAGCAGAACACGUCCUCUCUGUGGUCCAUCAAUGAGCCCUUCUACAUUCACCUGCUGCAGGGCAGCCGAGUCAAUGCAGACGAAGGAAUGAAGCUCGUGGUGCAGGCCGGUCUGUUCCAUGGCAGCGAGCUCCUCUGUAAGGUGGUGACAUCCUCAGAGGUGACAGUCAGCUCUGAGCCGCUGUGGGAUCAGAAGCUGGAGUUUGACAUAAACGUGGCUGACCUGCCUCGCAUGAGCCGCCUGUGCUUUGCGCUCUAUGCUGUCAUUGAGAAAGCCAAGAAACCCCGCGGCACUAAAAAGAAGAAUAAGAAAGCGGAUUGUCCAAUAGCCUGGGUGAACACCAUGGUGUUUGACUACAAGGACCAACUGAAGACUGGGGAGUUCCUCUUAUCCACAUGGCCAUCUGUUCCUGAUGACAAAAGCGACCUGUUGAACCCGAUGGGAACAGUCGAGAAGAACCCCAAUGUUGACAGUGCUGCCGGGCUUCUCAUUCGCUUCCCCAACAUCCGGCCACAUCCUCUCUAUUACCCUCCGCUGGACAAGGUGAGUGACAUGGAGAAGAAUGGCGAUGCCACCUAUGUCUCAAAAGAAGAGUACAUGAAGCUAAAAGAAAUCAUGGACAACAAAAACUACACAGAGUUCUUUGAGGAUGAGAAGGAGCUCUUGUGGAAGCUGCGCACAGAAGUCCGCGACCUUUUUCCUGAAAGUCUGUCCAAGCUGCUCCUCAUCACCAAGUGGAAUCGGCGUGAGGAUGUAGUUCAGAUGGUGAGUCUACUGAGUAACUGGCCCGAACUCCCUGCCAUCCAUGCCCUGGAGCUCUUAGACUACAGUUUUCCCGACCCAGCAGUGCGUUCUUUCACGAUCAGGUGCCUCAGGAAGCUCAGUGGUGAUGAACUGCUGCAGUACUUGAUCCAGCUGGUCCAGGUGCUGAAGUACGAGUCCUACUUAGACUGUGACCUCACCACGUUCCUGCUAGAAAGGGCUUUGUCCAACUGGAGGAUAGGACACUUUCUGUUUUGGCAUCUCAGGUCAGAGAUUCACGUGGCAUCUGUGAGUUUGCGUUUUGGCCUGAUUCUGGAGGCCUACUGCAGGGGAAACAUCCACCACAUCAAGCUCUUAGCCAAACAGACCGAGGCUCUGGGCAAAAUGAAGGCCCUGAGUGACUUUGUCAAAUCGGGCUCCCAGAAGAUGACAGUGGACGACCUGAAGCUGUGUAUCAGACAGGAGUCGUACCUGGAGGCCCUGUCAGACCUGCUGUCACCGCUCAACCCCAGCGUCAUCCUUGCUGAGAUCUGUCCGGACAAGUGCAGGUUCAUGGACUCCAAGAUGAAGCCACUCUGGCUGAUGUAUAAGAACCCCUGGGCUCACGGAGACAUGGUGGGCAUCAUCUUCAAGAACGGAGAUGAUCUUCGACAAGACAUGUUGACCCUCCAGAUGAUCCAGCUCAUGGAGACUUUAUGGAAGAAAGAAGGCCUCGAUCUCAGGAUGAUCCCGUAUGGCUGCCUGUCCACUGGGAACAAGAUGGGGCUCAUCGAGGUGGUGAAGAACUCCGACACCAUCGCCAACAUCCAGCGUAACAGCAGCAACAGUGCCGCCACCGCUGCCUUCAACAAGGAUGCCCUGCUCAACUGGCUCAAAUCUAAGAAUCCUGAGGAAAAACUUGAUCAAGCAAUAGAGGAGUUCACGCUGUCCUGCGCCGGCUACUGUGUAGCCACUUACGUCUUGGGUAUUGGAGAUCGUCACAACGACAAUAUCAUGAUCAGGGAAACUGGACAGCUGUUCCACAUUGACUUUGGUCACUUCCUGGGCAACUUCAAACGGAAACUGGGGAUCAACAGGGAGCGUGUGCCGUUCAUCCUGACUUAUGACUUUGUCCACGUGAUCCAACAAGGAAGGACGAACAACAGUGAGAAGUUUGAGAGGUUCAGAGAGUACUGCGAGCGGGCCUACAAGAUCCUGUGUCGGAACGGGACGCUGUUCGUCAACCUCUUUGCUAUGAUGAAGGCAGCAGGACUGCCAGAGCUCACCUCCUUCAAAGAUAUCCAGUAUCUAAAGGACUCUUUAGCUUUGGGCAAAUCAGAGGAAGAAGCACUGAAGAAUUUCAAAGUGAAGUUCAACGAAGCUCUGCGGGAGAGCUGGAAGACGAAGGUCAACUGGAUGAUGCACUCCUUGGCCAAAGAUAAUCGACCGUGAAGAACACUGGAAACCCGAAGACCCACCAAAUAUUAUGGAUUUUAACUUAUGGAGAUAAAAGGGAAGCAAACACAAUCAAAUAUUUUACUUUAUUGAUGGCAUUCAAACGCACUCCUCUCAUGUUUACACCUGACUGGCCUGUCUGUGGUUAAUAAUGACUGAAUGGAAUCAUCCAAAGAUUAUUCAACCAUGGAACAUAAUCUCAACACACAAACAUUUUCCUAAUGAAGGAAAUCCUCACACUCAUCUUUCUCCCGUCAAACAUCGGAAUGCCUUUGACUCCAGGACGUAUCGACAAAGAUUAGAAAUAUGCUUUUUUAAUGUGUUAAAAUUGCUACUUGAAAACCACCUGCACGUGCAAAAGUGUCAUGAAUCAUGGAAACAGAAGCAGAGACUGAAAGUUCAUCGCACCAACUGCAUCGCUCUGCAGGGAGCAAACUGCAAACAAACUUCAUGAUGACUUUAGACAACGCCGUUUUAGUCACGGAGUUCCAUAUCACGGCAGCAGUUUCACCUCAAGUCUCGUUUUGUACGGUUUACGACACUGGAUGGAUGUGUCAUUUCCUCUCAUUUCAGUUGCCUAUUUGCAAAUGUGUCUUUUUUUUAUUUUAUUAUAUUUUAUUUAAUUCAGUAGCGCUGAGGUACUUGUACAAAGUCAUGAAGGAUAUUUUAAAAAGAUAUUGUGUUUUACUGCUGUAUUGGUGUGUAAUGUUGCCUUGAAGUGAAGUUUGUUGCCUUUGGAGUGCCAGCAGACAGGAAGCAUUGUAACAUUUACAAUUUAUUUUAAGAUGGGAAAAUAACUUUAGAUGGGACCUUUAUUUUGAGAGCAUCCUUGUGUGUACUGGGCUGUGUUACUCAGCAGACUCCUACCAAACAGCUACUACACAUUAAAGGAACAGUUCUACAUUUUUGCUUUCUUGCCAAGAGGUCGAUGAAAAGGUCUACUGUAUACCACUCUCAUGUCUGUCCGUUAAAUGUGAAGCCAGGAGCCUUUAGCUUAGCUUAGUUUAAAGACUGGAAACAAAAGCCGCUUUUACACUGCCUUUUCAAGGCAAGAAUAUUGUGCUGUUAUUCUACCUUGCCGUCCUUUAUUAAAGGUAAGAUCUUGCAGUGGUUGACAGAGUUGUCUUGGGUUAAAGCCAGCAGGGGAGGUUGUAACGGUGCAUAAUCAACUUUUGUGUAAAAAGGACAGCGUGCAGGAUGGGUGUUAGCAGUUAGCAGCUAACUCGAAGAAGAACAGCAGCCCAAAAUGUCUGCAAAUUGGUUAGACAAUGAGGUUUGCGAGCUCCUUACCCUCAGACCAGAGGACGAGAUCAACUGCCACAUUAUUGUUAUGACAUUGUUGUUGUUUGGAAAGUGCUGCCUGACAAGUGUGUUAUAUGUCACACUAGAGCUCCAUGCUGUUGCGUUACACGUUACGCCCACCAUGCCUUUUGCUUCCAGAACGCCAGCAUGCUAUCUAAAAUCACACAGUGGGGCGACGUGAUGUUAGGUGUUGUUUGGGUCUGUAUAAAAAAGCAAAGCUAAGUAAUGAUUAGAUAGUUUGCACCCCUAUUGUGGGAUCUCUGUGUAAAAAGGGCGAUAGGGAAACAGCUAGCGUGACUCUGUAGCUAAUGUAACAAAAUCUGCCUACCAGCAUGUCUAAACUGCACUAAUUAAUACAUCAUAUCUUGUUUGUUAAGUCUGUUGAAAACCUGUUAAAAAAAAAAAAAAGACAAGUUGUGGUUGUACAGGGCUAUGUGCUGGACUAUUUCUUGGACAGGAACAGACACGUAAAACCACAACUUUUUAGAGGUGCUGGUAGGUGGAUUGUUUUUACCUUUGGACAGAGCCUAGCUAGCGGUUUUCCUCUGUUUCCAGUCUUUAUGCUAAGCUAAGCUAAGCUAAGCUAACAAUCUCCUGGCUCCAGCUUCAUAUUUAAUGGAAAGAACUCUCAGCAAGACAGUGAAUAGGUACAAAUCACAAAAUGUUGAACUAUUUCUAUAAUUACAACUAGCAUUCGCAACUAAAAAAAACCAGAUCUCAGGUGCUAGACAAAGAUAUCAUGUAGAUGUAGAGAAUUAUAUUGAAAACAUGAGGCAUUACAACCCAAAUAAUAAUCUUGUUUUAGCCAUAGACUUGUGGUUGCUUUUCUCAAAAUGUGCCCUUUUGAAAGUGUAAAUCUUGAAUGUGAGCUAUCUCAGAUGAUGCAGUAAGUGUGUGUGUGUGUGUGCGUGUGUGUGUGUGUGUGCGUGUGUGUGUGUGUGUGUGUGUGUGUGUGUGCGCGCGCAAGUGUGUGCAAGUGUGUGUUAUGUUCUGAUAUUUAAGUUAUGCACUGUGAUUUCCAUUGCAUUUGUUUGACCUGAUGUGCCAUGUGCCAUGAAAGAGAUUCCAUGCUUGUACUGUCAAACACCUCUUAUACUCAUGUGCUGUACGAUUGUAUGAUUUAAUUUUAUGGUGCGUUCAGACUACUUUACAUGCUGUAUAUCUUGCUGUCAGUCAUGCAGAGAAGGGGAUGUGCUUUCUUAUCAUCUUUUUAUUUUGCAUAACAGUUUAAAUGAUCUCUACCGUUUGUAUGAAUCUCUGUACAAUGAUGACUUUUACAGAAGAGCAAGUGUAGCUGUGGAUUACACAGCAAGAAGUUUUAAUUUCCUUAAGCUACUGAAAUAUUCACUGUGGAAUAGGCUUUAAAUAUGGGUCAUCAAUGCCCCUCAGUGUGGGCUCAGCUAAACACUGCUGCUUUAAAGGGACAGUUCACCCCAAAAUCAAAAAUUCAUAUUUUUCCUCUUACCUAUAGCGCUAUUUAUCAAUCUAGAUUGUGUGCAUGCAUCUACUCAUGGAUGAGAGGCUUAUGCGUGAUUGUGAAAACAUUAGAUGUAAACAUUAAUGGCAUUUUCCUAGGCUGAGCUGUUAACGUUAGCUAGAUCAGUGGUGCUAGGUGAGCUAGCAGUAGAUGCACUCUUCCUUCUGCGUGGUGAUACAGUUGUAGUUUGGUAGAAAGAAAAUAGUUCCUACAUUAAACUACUCACAACCAGGUCGACCAGGUUGUGAUUUCUUAAUUAGUUUUUCAAAUGUGUUUGGUGCUUUGACAAGCCUAAUGCCAUCGUAUGCCAUUAUAUUUGAAAGAAGGCAGACAUCUUUACGGCCGAUAUCUCCAACACUUACACCAAAACAAUAUAGACUAAUAAAUUUCACUGCAGGUAAGAGUAAAAUAUGUAUUUUUAAAUUUUAGUUUGAACUGUCCCUUUAAAAAAUGUGACUGUGGUCAGUGAUUAAGAACCCAGAAGCCAGUUUCACCAUCCCUCCUCUUCAGCUGUUCGACAUUGACUUGGGCACUUCCUGAGGCAAAAUAUGUAUUUUUGAUUUUGGGGUGAACUGUCCCUUUAAGCCAGGAGGACUGAGUCUAUUAAGUUUAUGAGCUAUACUUUUGCAAAUUGUAAAAUGUACUGCUGUUGCCUUUUGAACUGAUUGUAAUUCAUGAAUUCUGUGAAAUGGUACAAAUAUUUUAACGUCCAGGCCUUAUUUACAUGUGUGCAGCUAAAACUGAUAAAUCAUCCUGUCAGCAUUGCUCCGGUGUAGACCUGUCCUUUUUUUGCAUCCUGUUUUUAACAUUUGCUUCACUUGCUGUCGGGAGGGGAACGUACACUCAAUAAAUAGUUUGCAACAGCAGAGCUCACUGAGGCUUUCUAGGAUCCAAGCCAUAUGUUAGCUUAAUUAAUGCAGCUUAAAAAAAAGGCUGAUCAUGGAUGAGGGCCAAAGCCAACAAAGUCACCCU